CCUCUCUGCGCCAGUAGGUGGCGCUGUGAGCACUGAGGCCGCUUCACCGACUCCCAUUAACACCAGAGAAGAAGAAGCUAAUCUGCGCAGUUAGCAGGCCGACAACAAGUAAACAGAGAAACUAUCACGGUGUGGACAUGUCAGCUGACACUAAGAUUGCCGAGCUGCUCACUGAGCUCCAUCAGCUCAUCAAACAGACCCAGGAGGAGAGAUCGCGCAGUGAACACAACCUGCUCAACAUCCAGAAAACACACGAGAGGAUGCAGACGGAGAACAAGACUUCUCCAUAUUACCGCACCAAGCUGAGGGGACUGUACACCACAGCCAAAGCAGACGCUGAGGCAGAGUGUGGCGUUCUGCGUCAUUCUCUGGAUAAAAUUGCUGAGAUCAAGUCUCUGUUGGAGGAGAGGAGGCUGGCGGCUAAGAUAGCAGGAGUUUACAGCGACAGUGACCCCCCCAGGAAGACGAUGAGGCGCGGGGUCCUGAUGACGCUCCUCCAGCAGUCGGCCAUGACGCUUCCUCUGUGGAUCGGAAAGCCGGGGGAGAGCCCCCCCCCUCUGUGCGGGGCGACGCCGGCCAGCAGCGACUACGUGGCCAAACAGGGCGACAAAGUGGCGGCGAGGGUGAAAGCUGUGGACGGAGACGAGCAGUGGAUCCUGGCUGAGGUGGUGAGCUACAACCACUCCACCAACAAAUAUGAAGUGGACGACAUCGAUGAAGAAGGCAAAGAGAGACACACUCUGAGCAGACGGCGGAUCAUCCCUCUGCCUCAGUGGAAGGCCAACCCGGAGACGGACCCUGAGGCCCUGUUCAGUAAGGACCAGCUGGUGCUGGCCCUCUACCCACAGACCACCUGCUUCUACCGGGCCCUCAUCCACACCCCCCCCCACAGGCCUCAGGACGAUUACUCUGUGCUGUUCGAGGACACGUCGUACGCCGACGGCUACUCGCCUCCUCUGAACGUGGCUCAGCGGUACGUGGUCGCCUGCAAAGAGAACAAGAAGAAGUGACAGGUUCAUCUGAACACGAGGACCAACGCUGACAGGCAGCAGUGACGAAGCCUGUGACUGUGUUUUAAAAUGGAUCUGAACUCAGUGUUUAUCAGAAUCACCACUGACAUUAACCACAGACACCUGAACGCCUCAUAAGGAAACUUUGCUCUGUUCCAUGGAGACUGAACCUCCUCUGAUGUUUGGCUCCAGAAACAUCAGGAAACAACAAAUAAAACAUUUUUCCUUCUUUUUCUAUGAAGUCA